CGGUCAGAAAGACCGCUCAAUUAAAGUGUCGACUACAUAUUUGUAGUGCACAAAGACUGUGAUUAGAAGCUGUGAAUUUUGUUUUGAUUUUUAAUAAAUUCAUUUUUCAAAAUGGUGCAAAAACCUUUUAACUUUGAAAGCAAAAGCUUUAAAGUGUCUAUGUACUCGUACAAUGUGUUUCUUCAUGUGCUAACGGGAGUUAUUGUAGGCAUACCUAUAGCCUACGCCUUCUCCUUUGUCAAAGAUAAUCAGUCCUACUAUAUUUACCUUCAUAUCCUUUUAUUGGUACCAGGGUACCAACUUUUGAUGGGUGAAUCGUUCCUUGGUCUUGCCCCGUACAACUCCUGGUCUACAGAACUUAAUACAGUGGAGAAGCGACGAGCUCACUGGAUCGUGGCUUUACUUAGCUCAAUAUUAGUUAUCAUCGGCAGCUUUUACGCCAUGGUUUUUAAGACCAUUAAUUUCAAUACCAUGCAUGGAAAAUUCGGUCUCGUCGCUGUUGUAUUUACAAUAGUAAAUCUCUUCACUGGCGUCGCCGCUCUGUACACUGUUCCAUUGAAAAAGGUUUGGAUUCCCCCCUCUCUCUCCAAGAUCACUCACCUCGUCUUCGGUGUGGCCGCCUUCGUCACUGCCGGUGUCAGUCUCUGCUACAGCUAUGACAAGAAUGCCUUCAAGGUCUGGAUCGGCGAAGAGGCAGCUUUAGCCUGUAUUAUUUUGACUGGAAUCUUCACUGGAUUGUUGUGUAUCAACCCUAUGUACACGACGUAUAAGAGAUGUGUGACUGCACUUAAGUAAAUAUUAUUUAUAAUUAGGUAAUUAUAAUUAGUCUUCAAGGUUGUAUUUUAAAUUAUUUGGAAAUCGAAAGAAAGGAGAAAGUUUCUCAAUGUGCGUAAGUUACUUCUUUACCCACAAACGACUGGACCGAAUUUGAUGAAAUUUUUUAUGGCUUCAGUUGAGACCCUAAAGCUAACUGCGGAAGGAGGAAUGUGUUUGCAGCUACGCUAUGAAAAAACUAGUGUUGAUACAAAAUAUCAGCAUUUUUACAUCCAUUCCUUCAGUAUACACUAGUUUAUCUACAAAAACAUCUUGCGCUGUCAUCAUUAUUUAUUUUGAUUACUCCUUUGAAUAGGUGUAACCUCACUGAGUUUAGUUUAAGUAUUUAUUAUUAAAGUUUGUUUACAAAGGUGG